CCAGUAAGAAAGUCACAUGAUCAUUGAGUACGGAAGGGAAGCAAGGUAGGGCUGAGCAGUGUGCGUGUCAAACAGUGACUGAGGGAGAGUGCCACAUCUAGUAACUCAUACAAAGCGGGACACUACUUACUGAAAAUUGAGACUCAAAGAUGCCUUCUCCAGAAAAGAAUGUCUCUGGUCCUUCUGGGCUUUUAUUAGAAAAUACACUUCUGCGUAAAGGGCGGGAGUUGUCGCAGCCUCGCAGGAGACUUGCUCUGACCUUGCCUGGUUCAGAUUACUUGAGUAAUUCUGCUUGUCACAUGAGUUUCCAAAGAUCGGAUCAUUUAUUACUUAGGCCUUCCUGGGAGAAAGAGUCCUCUAUGAGUGAUAGGACAGCUAACUCCUUGUUGUCUUCUGACCUAAAGCUGACUUCUCCUGUGUUAACAUCUAAACUUGCACUUACCUCUAAUCGCAUUUUGAACGCUGAACAAUUUCCUACAUCCUGCACUCCCUUCACCUCUAUACUGUCCUAUUCUACACUUUCCUCUGAACCAUGUGUUUCAACUGAUAAUUCUCGUCCUGCUGUGACCUCAAAUUUUUCUUUGCACACUAACCAUCCAGUAUGCGCUCACACCAGUCUGUCUUCUUCUGAUACCAAUGAGAAACUGCAAUUCUCCAUAAACUCUAAUCUUGGAACCUCUAAUAUAGCUUCAAUCUCUAACCCUGCCUUAAAUCCCAAUGUAACCCUUACAACUUUAAACAGUACACAAACAAGUUGUGAUGAUGGUAACAGUUUGUGUCUACAGCAAAUGGAACAUUCUGGGGUGCGUUUAUAUUCGACAUCCAACUUGGGGAAUAACCAAGAAAAUCAAGGUCUUCCUGUAUUUCAAGAUGAUGUGACUACUCAGAAAAGAGUAAACUCAUAUGAAACAGACUCUAUAAAUGGUGGUUUGUCAUCAUCAUAUUUAGAGGAAACCUUGGACAACUGUCUGCCUAAAACAUUGCCACCUAUAAUUAGACCUAAAGAGAAUGAGGAGUUGACUGGAAGAGAAAAUUCUACCAUUAAGAGCAGCCAACAGUCACUUAUUCACCAGAAAAAGAUGGAGCUGGUCUCUGCUGUCUGCUGCUCACUAGUACGUGGGCCCAAGUUUUCUGAUAGCUGUGAUGAGACCCGGGUAAAGCUUCUAGCACUUUGUGAGGAGCUGUCUAACCUGGAUCCAGAGUUUAUUCUAAAGGUUGCUCUAUACACUCGACAGGAGCUAAAUAUCCGCAGUACAGCCAACUUCAUGCUUGCUGUCUCUGCAUUCCUGCCUGCCUGCCGCCCACAUUUGCGAAGGUAUUUUUGUGCUUCAGUCCAGCUUCCAGCUGACUGGAUGGAGAUACCGCGAUUGUAUCAGAGUCUUGCAGGACAGGGUGAGAAGCUUGCUCCAUUGCCCUCUUGCCUUCGGAGGGUGCUUACUGUAAAAUUCCAAAAAUUUACAGAAUAUCAGCUGGCAAAGUACAACACGAGAAGGCAGCGUGGCAAACAUUCAAUCAGAAAGCCAAAAGUACUAAAUUGUCAAAGUACUAUGAAAAUUGGUAGGAAUUUACGAUCAGUGGACAAAGGACUGAAACUUCUCCAAAAAAAGUUUUCUACUCCCCCUACGCCGAAAAUGAAGACAAAGGAUAGAUUUUCUAUGAAGAGUCUGAUCCAAAGAUUGCACAUCUCAAAACCUACUCACCACGUCAUGGGCAUUCUUGGAUGCAAAUAUCCCAAGGACCUUUACUCAUUCUCUAAAAGUGGCCUCGAGGGUCCCUGGCAAUCUGAUCUUUCUGGCCAGAAGAUGAAGCUGAAACAGCCGCAGACUUGGGACAGAGAACUGAGCCUAAAGGGGAACACAGGCCUUGUAUGGGAGAAGCUGCUGGAUAGUGACCAGGUUCCCUUCAUGGCAUUAUUAAGAAAUCUGAGAAAUAUGAUUCGAGCUGGCAUCAGUCGGCAACAUCACAAUCAAGUGACAUCUCGUCUUUCCAGUGAGAGAGCUGUAAUAAAAAGCCGAAUGUUCCCCUUCCGGUUUCUUUCUGCUUACAAAGUGAUACAAGAUUUGGAAAAUCAGUGCCAUGUAUCAGGAAAACCAUUCCCUGUUAAUGUGAGGUUAAUUAAAAACAUUGUUACCAGUGAGGCAGCAAGCAUACCAGAACUGAAAAGAUAUACCUGGUCCCGUCGCCAGCUUAGAGGUUGUUUAGCAGUUCCAGCGAUACGACAGCUGCUGAAAAGAAAAAAGGAGGCUCUGAGGAAGUUGAGAGCUUGUAAGAUGGACCAAGCUAUCCUACAGAAAUAUAAGAAAGCAUUAGAAAGUGCUGUUAAGAUUUCUGCUCGGUACAACAUUACACCGCUGCCAGGACGCACUGUUAUCUUAUUUUAUGUAAGCGAGUCCAUGGACAAACCAUGCCAUGGGGCAAAGGAUCUGAGUGUGAUGCUUGAAGAUGUUUCAGAAGAUGUUUCAUCAGACGAUUCAUCUCAACAAUCUAGAGAAGAAAUACGAAGACACCGUUCUCCAACACUUAUAGAAGUGGGUCUUCUUCUUAGUGGCAUGGUAAGAGACACUUCAGAGAGUGUUCAGGUUGUCCUGUUCAAUGAUCAAACCUACAUUCUUGCUGAGUUCAACUCCAGCUCUCUUCUUCACAAUGUGAGCCAUCUUAAGAAGCAAGCUGAGGACCUGAAAAGCCAAGGGAGAUAUUCUUCUCGAAAUAAAAAUGUUGCAAAAAAAUACUUAAUGGAGCUCCUUGCAAAUCGAACUAAGGUGGAUACUCUGCUGCUUUUCAGAUUGAGCCCACCAAGUGCAGAGUUCAAGUCAGUUCUCAAACAGUACCGGAGGGAGGUGAAUACAGAUUGUCUGUGUGUGACUGUGGUGCCUGAAAACUUGCAAAGAGUGGAGGAGCCAGACCAGUGCUCUGAGGAGAGCCACUCAGAGUCAUCAGCUCAGGAAAUAGGAGAGGAAAGUUUUGAUCAGUGUAAUGAUGUCGUACUUCAUGGGUUCACUGAACAGGUGCUGAGGUAUGUGUCAGAGCGGGGCACUGUUCGACUCUUAGAUCAUGUGGCCAAAGUGAAUGAAAGAUUUCAAGUACCUGAAGAUCCCGACAGUGUGAAGAGAAGCCAUGAUUUUGGUCAUGAAGUGAUUCCCUCUCCCAUUACACAGAGGUGGCGCAGUAUUCGCAUCUUCAUAUCUUCCACAUUCCGUGACAUGCACUCAGAGCGAAAUUUGAUUAUUGGGCAGGUGAUCCCAGAACUGCGAUCCCGGGCUGCAUGCCAUUACUUGUCAGUAGAGGAAGUAGAUCUGAGGUGGGGAAUAACUGAGGAGGAAACCAGAAAAGACAGGCAGCUGCAUCUCUGCCUCUCUGAAGUAUGCAGGAGCCAGAUAUUCAUAGGCAUUUUGGGGGAACGUUAUGGACAUGUUCCUAAAACAUACUCCUUACCUCUCCUGUCCGAAUAUGAAUGGAUUCAAAGGUACCCCCCUGGGAGGUCCAUCACUGAACUAGAAGCCAUGCAAUUCUUGCAGAACUCUGAUACUGAAAAUCCAGGACACUGCAAGGCCUUUUUCUACCUUAGGGACGCAGAUCUCCUCCGUUCCAUUCCUAGUAAGUGGGUGUCAGACUUUGGUGCUGAAUCUGCUGAAUCUGAAAUGAAAAUGUCAUCCCUAAAGAGCAGACUGACAGAGCACUCCUCUGCUGCAACUUACCGUUACUCUUGCCAAUGGGGUGGUGAGCGGCAGGGGAAACCUCACUUGACACGACUUCAGAAUUUUGGGAUUCGAGUGCUAGAAGACAUCUGGCAAGCUAUAGAGCGCGAUUAUAUUAAAGAAGGGACGCUGGCAUCUAAUGAAGAUGAAGAGGAGCUUGCGCAGGAGGGCUUCCAGGAGAGGCAAACAAGCCUGUCUUGUGCCAGAAGCAAGCUGGUAUUAAGCGCUUGUUCUCAGAUACAGGAGAGAACUCAUGCCUCCCCAACUAAUGGGCGUCUCUUCCUUGUUUGUGGAGACCGAAGCCAGGGAAAAACUAUAUUUAUGGCUGACCUUGUAAAACAGCUGAGAAGUUCUGCUUCCACUACUGUAAUUUAUCAUUUUAUGGGAGCCACUCCUGGGGCUCAUGAAGUAGAGAAAAUGCUCACACGCAUCUGUAAACAACUGAGCCAGGGUCUGAACAGAGAAUGCUGCAACUUCACAUCUUACAGGGCUCUACUUUCUGAGUUCCAUGACCUUCUUCGUUUAACCUCCCACUCCCUGAGACGGAAUAAUACAUUAACUCUGCUAAUUGAUGGGGCGGACUUAUUAUGUGGACGCGCAGGGGAGACCACAUCUGAAUGGAUACCUGAGCAUCUUCCUCAGAGAAUAAACCUGGUUCUUAGUGUGACUGAGGGCUCCUCCCUUGGCUACUCCUUGGCAAGACAAAAGGACACAGUAUCUAUUUCUCUCACAUCACUCCAACCAUCAGACCGUGCUGAACUGGUGAGACAUUGGCUGGCUGUGUAUGGGAAGAAACUAGAAGAAUCUGCCUUCAAUAACCAGAUGCGCUUAUUACUGAUCAAGAAGGGAACAAAGCACCCCCUGUAUUUGACAAUGGCAUGUGAGGAGCUACGUGCCACUGCUGUCUUUGAAAGGCUCUCAGAUGAUAUUGAGAAGCUGCCCGCUACUCUUCCAGCGCUCAUUCAAAGAAGACUAGAGAGUCUAGAGCAAGAACAUGGAGUGACUACAGUGUCCAUUGCAUUAGCUGUGAUUUGCCUGUCACGUAAAGGCCUACCAGAGAGAGACCUUCUCAGGAUUCUGAGCUCACUGCAAGCACUGAACUGUGUGUUUACUGCAAAGUGGAAUGCGAUGCUGGCAGCUUUUGCUGGAGCACAGAAUCUUCCAAUGGCCACAUUCGCCCUGCUCCUUAGGGGAGUGAGAAGUGUUCUUGGUCUCUGGUUACCAGCAUUGACAUCUGACCAUAGACUGCACCUUCCUAGCUGUCUCCUGAGAGAUGCAGUGGAAAAGCGUUAUUUAAUGAAACGUGAUGUUACUAAAGCUGCACACCUUCUCAUGGCCGCACAUUUUUGGACAGUUUGUUCCCCUGAAGAUCCAGAUUCUGUCCCUGUGAUUAAUGCUGAGUGCCUGAGUGAGCUGUCUCACCACCUGCUGUGCAGUGAGCAGUUGCACACACUGGGCUGGCUUCUUACACACCUUCCAUUUCUGCGGGUACAUGCCGCUCUGGGACUUCUACCACAUCUUUGCCAGGUUUACAGCAUGUAUGAAAUUUUAGAGCAGAAAAAUGGCCCUACCACAAAAGACUGUACAAUCCAUGAGCUGGAUCGACAGGUGUCAAAGCUGCCAGUAGAUGUGUUUAGAGAGUUCAUUCACAACUCUCUCCCAGUUCUCUCCAAAAAUCCUUCACUGUUCUACCAACAGGCCUUAAAUGAACCUGACUGUACUCCAGUAUGCUUCCAAGCUCGUGUCAUUAUAGACAAUAGAAAGGAAUGCACAUCCCAUCUAACCAUGUUGUGGAACAACAAACCGGCUUACAUGAGUAUAUGCCGCAGUAAAUCAUUAGAGAUCCCGUCUCUCCUGGGUUGUGUUAGCCUGAGUCCAUCAGGCAGAAUGGCAGCUGUCGGUGCGAGCAGUGGUGCCUUGCAUCUCAUUAACACAGAUAGUGGGGAGGAAGUCAGAAUACUACACAGUGGCUGUGAUGGAGUCUCUGCUUGCAACUUUAUCUCAGAUGAUUUGUUGUGUGUUGGUUCUUAUGAUGGAAUAUUGGAGAUCUGGAAAAUCUCUGAUGGCUGCCGCAUGCACCGAGCAGAAGCUCACCGAAGGCAAAUCACAGGUUGUUGUGUGAGUCCUGAUCAAAGACAACUUAUUACCUGUUCUUUGGACUACCAGUUAAAGCUUUGGGAAACCAGCCGUGGCUCACUUCUAGGAUCCAUUUCCUUUCCUUAUCCACUGGCUUGUACAACCUUUCACCCCAGAGGUCAUGUGGUAGCAGUGGGAUCCUGGGAUGGGAAGAUAACUGUACUGAGGCUGGAAAACUGGGAGAAAACUGCUGUUCUCUGUGGAAGUUCUUCUGUGAGAGCAGUCUCUUUUUCCCAGGAUGGCAAAUGGCUCAUAUCAGGGAGUCUUGAUGGCUGGGUGUCCCUCUGGGCAUGGGAGGCACAAGUGCAACUUUCUCACUUUAAAGCACACUCUGGCUCCACUCUUACAUGCAGCUUUCUACAGCAGGGGAAAUACCUUCUUACAGGGGGAGAGGAUAGCAAGGUUCAGGUGUGGUCAGGGGGCCUUGGUAGGUUACUUGGAAGAGUAGAUGGAGAAAUAAAAAACUCAUCUGCAAUUUCCCUUGCUGUCUCACCUAGCAGACAGUUGCUGGCUGUUGGAUACCAUACUGGCACUGUGUCAGUCUACAGUGUGGAUUUAGGUGACCUGGUAGCCCAGACCUCCAUUGAAGAUGUGACUAUCCUGUGUGUUGCCUGGCUAUCAGAAGAGGUAUUGGUGACUGGGACCUCAGAUAGCUUGGUGCGUGUCUGGAAAAUAUCUUCCGGUCAAUUUACCUGCCAGCUGAUGCUUAAAGAACACCAACGCUUUGUGCAGGCUCUUGCUGUCUCUUCUAAACUUCUGGCUUCAGCCUCUGGGGAUGUGUCUGUCUGUCUCUGGUCCCUGAACAGCCUACUUAAUAGCGUCUCACCUCCCUCCCCUGCAUCUGUUCUACAAGGCCAUUCUGCUGCAGUCACAUGCUGCUCAUUUAGUCGAAAUGGAAAAUUGCUUGCAACUGGCAGUCAGGACCGGUCUGUGCUGUGUUGGGAUGUGUCUUUGAUUCCACCUUCUGUGGUACACGCCCUGCCAUCUUGCCAUAGGGACUGGGUGACUGCCUGUUCAUGGACUGAUGCAGAUAUGCUGGUCUCUUGCUCAGGGGAUGGCUCUGUGUGCCUCUGGGAUAUUCAGCGAGAAGAACGCCUCUUGGAUUUUGCAGGACAUCAAAGUGCAGUCAGCAGUGCUAUAUGCAUGGGGGAGCGUGUAAUAACAACCAGCAGGGAUGGAUGUCUGAAGGUGUGGAACCUUGCAGGCCUAGAGGUUGCUAACAUUUCUGCUCAUCAAGAACAGAUAAACCAAAGUGCUGCAUUCUGGAUGCCAGUUGAUAGGCAGGAUGAUGCUAAUCUUGUUGUUUAUGUUGCCUGUUCUGAUGGUUCAGUUUUGAAAUGGAGCCCUCUUCAGAUGGAUCAAAUACAGACAUUAUAUGGCCAUGGAGGUCCAGUGAUAUCAUCAUCAAGCUCAAAUUGCAAGGUCAUAGCUACAGCUUCCUUGGAUGGUUCUGUGAGAUUGUGGGAAGAGCCAAGCAGAGAUGGGCAUGUGAUGGAGACACGUCACGUUGGCAGAGUCUCAGCAAUUGCUUAUUCUCCUGAUUCUGAAUUGGUUGCCUCAGGAGGAGAGAAUGGUGAUGUAAUUCUAUGGAGCCAACAGAGAGUCUUGUUAUCUCUUCAGUGCAGCAAAAUGUGCAUCUCCCAUCUACUAUUCACCUCCCAGAGAACAUUCUGUGUUAUUUCUAAUGAUCUGAAAGUUUCUCGGUGGAUCUUGCUUCCGUGCAAGGGAGGUGGCCUGAGAGCCAAGAAGGCAUACAGUAUUGAGGUAGAUUCCCUGGUGGUCAGUGCUUCCCUUGCACCUACAAACAAAGAGCUGGAGUUACAAACAAUAAAUGGACACAGAAUUCUUCUGGACAUUAAGAAUGGGUCACUAAAGCUAAAUAGGAGCCAAACAUUACGCUCAAACAUCGAGCAGCAGAUCUCACAAGAAAGGAUGUAUCCUGGUAGUAUAAUCACUGCAUCCCAUCCUGAUUUUGGCCUGUGUGACUCCGCCGGCGGCUUGUGGUGCCCAAGUACAGACACUGGUGACUCUAAUUUAACGGCUGCUGAAAAAUGGGAGAGGAAACAGAUACACAGUGCCUCUGUCUCCUGUCUCUAUGUGUUGGAUGAGCACUUUAUUACAGGAUCUGCAGACCGGACUGUUAAAGUGUGGGAACGUAGGACCUUCAGACAGGUUGGACUUUUCCAGUGCAAAGGUGCAGUCACCUGCCUGUCGGCAUAUUUUACUGAAGGAAACGAAUCGUGUGCGGAGCAGUUUCACAUCGCCUGCGGUGACCAGUACGGCAAUGUGUAUCUAUUAAGCUGCCUCUAAACCAGUGUAACCUGUGGAGCACAAUUAGGUGGCCUUAUCAAUGAUCCUAAGCUGUCCCUAAGAGAUUAAUGAUACUACACUAAUAUCUUUUUAUUUAUGUUUACUAAAUUUCAUGAUUUAAUAGUGCUCAUACUUUAAAUAGUGAAUGGUGGUUGGGUUUCCAUAUAUUGAGAGAAGACCAUUUCCUAGUCCUGCUUUAUGGAUCUUAUAUUUUACAUACUUUCAGAUUGGGUUGUGAUUACGAGCACGAGGAAGGUGUUUAGAUACUUGAAUAAUAGCCUGCAUCUCCCCAAGGCCUGGCACAUAUUAACUGUAAGGGGCAUGGCACACAGAUUUGUUGUCUGUGGUUAAUUCUAAAGUUAGAGAAGAGGAUGGCAUUUUCAUGAGAUUUGGAUGUCUGGGCGACAUCUUAAUGUGAGCCAUCUCCCAAAUUCACUAUAUCCUAAAGGGUUUGUUCACCUUUAAAUUAACUUUUAAUAUGAUGUAGAGAGUAAUAUUCUGAGACACAUUUUAUGUAGAGAGUAAUAUUCUGAGACACUUUUUUAGUAUUUGUGGGGUUUUUUUUUUUUUUUUUUUUUUAUUUUGCAUUUUUUGUUCAAAAGCUCUCCAGUUUGGAAUUUAGCAGCAAUCUGGUUGCUAGGGUCCUGUUUAACCUGGCAGUCAGGCACUGGUUUGAAAAAGAGACAGGAAUAUGAAUCGAGGAGGGCCAAAAUAGAAAGAUUAAUAGUAAAAAGUAACAAUAAUAAUUGUAGCCUCACAGAGCAAUAGUUUUGGCUGCUGGGUUCAGUGAUCCCCAUUUGAAAGCUGGAAAGAGUCAGAAGAGGAAAGCAAAUAAUUUACCGUAUUUUUCGGACCAUAAGACGCACCGGA